CAUCACGCUCAAGUUACUAUCCUGUACACUAGACAUUCCUGUAGCGAGGCUCUUUAAAGAUGAUGUCCAAUAAAAGCCAGGUAUUAUCUUGGAUGAAGAACCGCCAUGCUUUCCAUCACAUGGUUCGGGCCUCUGGUCAGUCUGAGGUCUGGUACGAUUUCACAGAUGAGAUGAAAUUCCGCCAGUAUGGAUGGCGAUGCUCAACCAACGAGGACUUGUACUCAAACUCCACACUCAUUGGAAACUGGUCUGAAGAGAGUUUUGACGCACGGCGUACUGUAGCGUCACGACGCCCCCUUCCGAGUCAGUUCUCUCACUAUUUUGAAACCACAUAUCAUUCCGGCUAUAAGAAAGAUGACAUUCAGCCCAUAUACACAAGACCAAAGAGAGAGCCAAGAGGCUUUCCUGGACACCAACCGGAGCUUGAUCCUCCACACACUAAAUGUGUGCCAGAUUCCUGCUACAGAAUGGACUUCAAAGGCACUCAAAAUAGACAAGAAAUAACAGAAGAGACUUCAGAGCCUCAAUGUGUGAGAGAAACUGAAAAAACAGAGACAAACUAAUGCAUUUGACUGAGGAAUUCUCAUUACAAAAUUUAAUCAGCUUCAGUUUCAACUCAGACUCAGAGUGAUCCAAGUCAGUCAAAUAUGAUUAAAAUACUAAUAGCAACUACUUAUUUCUGCUCAAGCAGCUGUCUAUUUUUUCCUAAAUCACUGAAAAGAAAAUAUAUUACCCAAUUUCUAUGUGGUUUGGUAAUUGUCCUUGUCAAAUGUUACUUACAGCACUGCACUGCAUUAUUUUACUAUGUACUCGACACAUUUUUAAAUGAACCUAGAAUGAUAACCUUAUCAUAUUUGUCCAUGAUGGCUUUAUUGAUAUCAGCUGACAAGAUGUUUUUAGUUCUUUCGCAUUGUCAACAGAUUUUUAUAACAUAUUUUAGUAAUUUAAGUGGUUAAUUCAAGCAAAUAUCAUCCUUACAAUAAGAAGUACUUUGGCAGCCAUCUUAAAAAAAGGGGUAAAUAAAUAUAUUUUAGUAUAUUAUAUAUAUAUAAAUAAAAUUAAAUUAAAUAAUAAAACAAUUAAAUAUAAACAAAUUUAAAUAAAUGUAAAUAAUUAAAUUAUAAAUAAUUAAACAUUCAUUCAUUUU